AUGGGAGGUGAUAUGCCAUGGCCGCAGCUGCCUGUCGGUAACAAAGAUCAUACCGAAGCGACGGUCGUUAUAAUCGGCGCAGGCAUAUCUGGGAUGUGUACGGCCAUUGAUCUGAUCAAGAGGAACAACUGUAGGAAUUUUAUCAUCCUCGAGAAGAGUGGCGGGAUUGGUGGUACCUGGCGAGAUAAUCGAUAUCCAGGAUGCUGCUGUGAUGUCUGGUCGCAUUUGUACAGUUAUUCUUUCGAACAGAACUCGGAUUGGACUAGAGAAUACCCCGGCCAAGAAGAGAUUCUACGGUACCUAAUGGGCGUUGCACAAAAGUAUGAGCUUUAUCGCUACGUAAGGUUCAACACUGCCGUCGAAUCUGCAAAAUGGGACGAUGCAGCCAAAAAAUGGAAGACCCUGGUGUCCGUCCAAGGCGCAAAAGACGCCGAAUUCGGCAGCACGUACACCAUCACCUCGGACUUCUUGGUUUCUGCCGUUGGUCAAUUGAAUGUGCCCAAAAUGCCAGAUAUUCUAGGUCUAGACGAGUUCCGAGGCAAGCUCAUGCACAGCGCUCGUUGGGACUGGAGUUAUGAUCUUCGUGGAAAGAAGGUGGCCAUCAUAGGCAACGGGGCGACUGCGGCUCAAAUCAUACCUGAAAUUGCGAAAGAGGUGGGCCAUCUGACCAUCCAUCAGAGGACACCAAACUGGGUCAUUCCGAGACUGGAUGCCCCGAUUCCCGACUGGAAGAGGAACCUGUAUAAAUACCUCCCCAUGAUCCGCUGGCGGAAACGAGCUGAAAUGAUGGAUUUCCGCGAAGCCUUCUACGAUGCUGUCUUCGACAACACCUCGGCCACCGCACAAUUUCUCGCAGCACAGAGCAAGAACCACAUGCGUGCUCAACUUCCCGACAGACCAGAGCUAUGGGAGAAGCUUCAGCCCAAGUAUUCUAUUGGUUGUAAGCGAGUGAUUAUCAGCGACGAUUACUUCCCUGUGUUCCUACGAGACAACGUGAAGCUAGAGACUGGCAAAAUCGAUAGAAUCACCGCACGUGGCAUUGUAACAGAUGGUCAGGAGGAGGACUACGAUCUCGUCGUCCUUGCGACAGGUUUUCGUACGGUUGAAUUUAUGCAUCCGAUUGACAUCACCGGCAGUGCUGGACGCACUCUAUCUAGCAUCUGGAAAGAGGGUGGACAAGCUCUUCAUGGGGUCACAGUCGAAAGCUUGCCCAAUUUCGGCAUGCUUUAUGGGCCAAAUACAAACCUCGGGCACAACAGCAUUAUCUUGAUGAUUGAAGCCCAAAGCAAAUACAUCAAUGCCAUGAUCAAAGAGGUCAUUGCGGCCAGGAGCCGAGGCGACAGCUUGGUAAUUCAGCCCAACGAGCAGAGGGUCAAGGCAUUCAACGAUGAAAUUCAGUCCGAGUUGGGGAAGAGCAGCUUCGCCGAUCCCAACUGCAACAGCUGGUACAAGGUAAAAGAGAGCGGCAAGAUCACGAACAAUUGGAGCCGGACCGUGGUUGAGUACCAAAAGCUUCUCAGUGAUGUCGAUUGGUCGGACUUUGACCUUUCAGGCCGCGGUGCGGAUGAAUUGAAGUCGACAACGACCCAUCUGGGACGGGUGGUUGAAGAGUCUCUGGUUAGUUACAAGACCAUGGGAUUGACAGCCUUGAGCGUGGCCGCUGUUGGAGCAGGAAUCGCUCUCCGUCAUGCAGGCAGAUUGAGACUAAGGUGA